AUUUUGUUGCCCGCCAUGGCGGCCGCGUCGCGGUGGGCCCGGGGCUGCGGCGCCUUGGACUGAGGGGGUUCGGCCGGGCGGAGCGGCGGGGACGCUGUCAUGUACGGCGCGGGCGGCGGCCGCGCCAAGCCCGAGAGGAAGAGCGGCGCGAAGGAGGAGGCUGGGCCGGGCGGCGGCGGCGGCGGCGGCGCGGGCGCGGGGCCCCGGGUGGAGCUGCUGGUCUUCGGCUACGCCUGCAAGCUGUUCCGCGAUGACGAGCGCGCGCUGGCGCAGGAGCAGGGACAACACCUCAUCCCCUGGAUGGGGGACCCCAAGAUCCUCGUCGACAGAUACGAUGGGCGUGGUCAUCUGCAUGACCUUUCUGAGUACGAUGCUGAAUACUCCACGUGGAACAGAGAUUACCAACUCUCUGAAGAGGAGGCACGAAUAGAGGCCCUGUGUGAUGAAGAGAGGUAUUUAGCCUUGCAUACGGACUUGCUUGAGGAGGAGGCAAGGCAAGAGGAAGAAUACAAGAGAUUGAGUGAAGCACUCGCUGAGGACGGCAGCUAUAAUGCAGUGGGGUUCACUUAUGGCAGUGAUUAUUAUGACCCAUCAGAGCCAACGGAGGAAGAGGAGCCAUCCAAACAGAGAGAAAAAAAUGAGGCUGAAAACUCUGAAGAAAAUGAGGAACCUUUUGUUGCACCCUUAGGACUGAACGUGCCAUCUGAUGUGGAGCUGCCACCGACAGCCAAGAUGCACGCUAUCAUCGAGCGCACGGCCAACUUUGUGUGCAAGCAGGGGGCUCAGUUUGAGAUCAUGCUCAAGGCGAAGCAGGCCCGCAACUCACAGUUUGACUUCCUGCGCUUCGACCACUACCUCAACCCCUACUACAAGUUCAUCCAGAGGGCCAUGAAAGAAGGCCGCUAUACGGUCCCAGCGGAGCGGAAAGGCGAGGAGAAGAGGAAGUCAGGGGCCAGCUCUGACCAUGACGAGGAUGAUGAUGAGGAUGAUGGGGACUACCUGCACCCAUCUCUCUUUGCCUCCAAGAAAUGCGACCGCCUGGAAGAGCUGGUGAAGCCUCUGAAGGUGGUGGACCCGGAUCACCCUCUGGCUGUGCUCGUUCGCAAAGCCCAGGCCGACAGCCCCGCCCCCACCCCACCUGCUGUGGAAGGCGCUGGCACCGCCACCACCACCACCACCACCACUACCACCACCACCACCACCACUGCGCAGCCCUCCCAGGUGGAGUGCGCUGCUGACUCGACCGUGGCGGCCAUGUACUACAGUUACUACAUGCUGCCCGAUGGCACCUACUGCCUGGCCCCUCCGCCUCCUGGGGUGGAUGUCGCCACCUACUACAGCACUCUGCCCGCCGGGGUGGCUGUGUCGAGCUCCACUGGGGUGACGGCCACUGCUCCACCCCCUCCCGGGACCACACCACCGCCACCUCCGACCACAGCAGAGACGAGCAGCGUGGUGACUGCCACCACCAUCACCACAAGUGCCCUGGCCCCGGGGGCAGCCAUCAUUCCCCCACCGCCGGACAUCCAGCCCGUCAUUGACAAGCUGGCAGAAUAUGUGGCACGGAAUGGCCUUAGAUUUGAGACCAGCGUUCGGGCCAAGAAUGACCAGAGAUUUGAGUUCCUGCAGCCGUGGCACCAGUAUAAUGCCUAUUACGAGUUCAAGAAGCAAUUCUUCCUCCAGAAAGAAGGCAGGGAGAGCACCCAGGCUGCAUCAGCCCCGGAGGAGGCCCCUGCGCAAUCUGUGCCUGAGAAUCCCAGUGAGGCUGGGGAGGAUGGCGUGCCUGAGGACACCGUGGACGGGGGAGGAAGAGGAAGCUCCGGAGGGAGGAAGGAGGCAGCCUCCGGCAAGACCCUGGCCGACGGCAAGCUUGUGAAAGCCUCGUUUGCUCCGAUCAGCUUUGCCAUCAAGUCCAAGGAAAAUGACUUACUUCCUCUGGAGAAGAACCGAGUGAAGCUGGAUGAUGACAGUGAUGAGGACGCGGAGAGCAGGGAAGGGCAGGAGAGUGUGAGCAGCACCGCCACCCCACACCCUCCCGUCGCUCCGCCCUGUGUGGCUGUGGAGGAGAAGAGGCCUCAGCUCACUCAGGAGGAGCUGGAAGCCAAGCAAGCAAAGCAGAAGCUGGAGGACCGGUUGGCAGCUGCCGCCAGGGAGAAGCUAGCCCAGGCAUCCAAGGAGUCCAAGGAGAAGCAACUCCAAGCUGAGCGGAAGAGGAAGGCAGCUUUGUUCCUGCAGACCCUCCGGAACCCUGUGCCGGAAGCUGAGGCCAGCAGGACAGAGGAGAGUCCCUGCAGUGUAGAGGAAGCCUCUGCAGUACCCUGUCCUCUGCUUACUGGGGGGCGGUCUCUGCCGCCAGUGGACAUGAAGUCCCCAGAAGGACCCUCGAGUAGAAGCAGAGACCCGCCCAGGGAGGAGGAGAAAGAGAAGAAGAAGAAGAAGCACAAAAAGCGUUCUCGGACACGGUCGCGCUCCCCCAAGUACCACUCCUCGGCCAAGUCCAGGUGCAGGUCCCACUCCAAGGCCCGGCACUGCCUCCCUAGUGCCUACCGGACGGCGCGGCGCUCCAGUAGACGAGGCCAAGGCAAAGGGGAAAGAAGAGAACCCUCAGACCUGAGUUUGCCAAACGCACCGUCAGCCCUGGAUCAGAGAGGCGUGGCCGCUGCUGGCCGAGGGACAGCGUCGCGGGGCUCUGGCCCCAGAAGCUGCUGUGGGUCCCGCUCCCGGUCACCACGGAGAAGAGCUCACUCCCCCGAGAGGAGGAGGGAAGAAAGGAGUGUCCCCACUGCCUACCGGAUGAGUAACAGCCCUGGGGUCAGCAGGAAACGCACCCGAUCCAGAAGCCCCCACGAGAAGAAGAAGAAGAGGCGCUCCCGGUCAAGGACCAAGUCCAAGGCCAGAUCACGGUCCCCAUCCCCAAGUAAGCCGGCGCCACGCCGGCACUCGGCCAGCAUCUCUCCCGUGGAGAGUCGGGGUUCCAGCCAGGAACGCUCCAGGGGGGUCUCUCAGGAAAAGGACGGACAGAUCUCCUCGGCGAUCGUGUCCUCUGUGCAGAGCAAAAUCACUCAGGACCUCAUGGCCAAAGUCAGAGCAAUGCUCGCAGCUUCCAAAAACAUGCAGACCAGUGCCUCCUGAGACACGGCGCAGGGGACCCUCACACUCUCAGACUCGGCGGUUUUGUAAAGUCACUUUUGAUGACAUUUUCAGUUUAAGGUUUUUGACCAGCAGUCUCUUCGCCUGUAUAUUUGUAAAUACUAUCAUGUUUCUGUGAAAAUGUAUUAUCAAAUAAAAUGGGAGAAAAACACUUUUUCUA